GAAGAAAUCAUAUCUUCGAGUGCCUCUUUACUCAACGCCAAUUUUUAAAUAAUUCAUUACUUAGAAGUAUUGCUUCAUCAUGUGUGUUCAAAUUGUAUCCAUCUUGGCCCUGUGCUUUUUCAGCUAUGCUAUGUGUGAUGCAAAUCACUCUCAUCAUGAACCGACUUUAAUUACUUCUAAGUCUCACUUGGACGAACGACAUCACAUCGAACAUCAUAUGAAUGGUGUGACCGAUCAAGAUGUAAACCAAAUGACUGAUGAUGAGCUGCAGUUUCUGUAUUUCAAGAUGCACGACAGCGACAACAAUGACAAGCUGGAUGGCUGCGAAUUGGUAAAAUCUCUUCUCCACUGGCACGUCGAGGAGCAUAAUGAUAUGGUUCCAGACCUCACCGUUGAAGGGACCACGAGAAUCUUCGGGCAUGAAGAACUUGCUGUGAUGAUUGACCCUAUCCUAUCUACGGAUGACAAGAAUCUCGAUGGGUUCAUUGACUAUGUGGAAUUCUCUACAGCUCAAAAGUCUAGAGGUUUUUAAUGACUUCAAGCUCCUGAAUUCUGGUAACUAUUAACUGCUGAUAUAUUUAACGCGAUUCUGCUGAGCAGAAUUAAAAUGACUUGUAAUCUUAUAUCAAUGUAUCAAGAUGUAAAACUUGGAUUUUAAAUGGAGCUUGAAGCUCAAUGUUUUUAAUUUUUAUAUUAAAGAUUCUCUUCCUAAAUAUAA